GGAGAAGCAGGACACCCAGGAGACCCAGGACUUCCUGGAGUAAUGGGAUUUCCUGGAAGCGAAGGUCACCUAGGGUCACCAGGAGAAACGGGUAACCCGGGAAAUGCAGGCAGUCGAGGAAUGAAGGGCUCUCGGGGGCUUCCUGGAAUACCAGGUUUUCCAGGACCUCCAGGUCUCCCAGGGAUUCCUGGGCAUGAAGGGCCAAUGGGUCGACCCGGACUCCCAGGAUGCAACGGGACAAAAGGGGAGGCCGGCUACCGAGGGGUUCCUGGACCUUCAGGACCGCCGGGACCACGAGGGCCCCCAGGGCCACAAGGCAUGAAGGGAGACUCGGUCGUGAUUCCCUACAGGCAGGAAAUAAAAGGAGCAGCGGGACAACAAGGGCCAACCGGCAGAGAGGGGCAAAGUGGAUAUAGAGGACAGCCGGGCGAACCAGGACGGAUCGGGGCCCCUGGACUUCCUGGAAGACGAGGACCUGCAGGAAUCCAAGGAGAAAAGGGACAGGAAGGUUCCAGUCCGACGAGUCCCGGUCCGCAGGGCAGGAAGGGCGAUCGCGGCCCUCCGGGGAUCCCCGGGAAGCAAGGCAUCAAACUCUACGCUGAAGGACCCAAAGAGCUGAAGGGCGAACCGGGUGAAGCGGGGCUGAAAGGUCUCCCCGGUCUUGCUGGGGAGCCGGGGAGCCCGCGGGCGAAAGGAGAGAAGGGCGACAGAGGAGAACCCGGCUCACUGGGAAAACCAGGGAAGACGGGAUUACCGGGAGAACUGGGACAACCGGGCGACCCCGGAGACUUCGGCUUCAUCGGCCCGCCCGGUGUCGACGGCGCCGCGGGAGAAAAAGGCAACCGAGGGCCUCCAGGUCCCCCAGGAGAGACCGUCUUUAAUCACAAAUUGGUGAAGGGCCAACGAGGUUUCCCCGGGCCCCUGGGACCUGCCGGGGUCCCCGGGAUUCAAGGUCUGAUUGGGUUCCCAGGACUGAAGGGCGAGUCAGGCGAGGCCUCCAAUGGACCGCCAGGUUCUCGUGGUCCAACUGGCUCAGAUGGUCCCAAAGGGGAACCAGGACCGCCAGGCCUGGUAGUUACCGGACCGCCAGGAUUGACCGGACCCCCAGGACCUCUUGGACUUCAGGGAGAGCCAGGAGAGCCUGGAAUACCAAACGUGGACAUCGUAGGACGGGGUCUUCCCGGUAUGAAAGGUUCAAAAGGCUCUCAAGGCCCUCCGGGGGACACAGGGAUGGUUGGGGAAAAGGGUCAGAAAGGGGAGGUUUGUACAGACCGCUGUUUUCAGCCUUGCCGUCCUGGACCUCAGGGACCACCAGGGGUGCCAGGUCAGAACGGGUUGCCAGGUGCAGCUGGGUCUCCAGGACCAGCAGGUAAUAAAGGCUUCAAAGGAGCCGCAGGCCCACCUGGAGCACAGGGGCCCCAGGGGUUCCCGGGGCCCCCGGGUUCCCCAGGGCCUCCCGGCGAGCCGGGCUUAAACCCCACGCCGGGGCAGAAGGGGGAGGCCGGGGACCGGGGCGGUGCGGGGCCCCAGGGAGAGGCGGGGCAGGACGGGUUCCCAGGACCGCCGGGUCCCAAAGGCGAAACGGGAGAGAAAGGAAACCCGGGGCGUCAAGGGUCAAAAGGUGACCGGGGCCCGCUUGGCCCCCCUGGUGCCAGAGGAGCGACGGGGCCACCGGGCCCACCGGGUCGCAACCAUGUGGGUCGUCCGGGACCGACGGGGCCCAAAGGAGCCAAUGGCUACAUGGGAGAUCGUGGAGCACCGGGGCCUAGAGGAGAGAAAGGCUCUAAGGGGAACAUCCAGAACAUUCCAGGAGAUCCGGGACCGAAAGGCUGCAGAGGACGGCCGGGGGAACCCGGACGUGAAGGUGAGACCGGACUUCGGGGUUUUCCAGGACGGCCUGGUCCAAAAGGUCAAAAGGGCUGUGACGGUUCCUCUCAAAAGGGUAACCGGGGCAACAUGGGGUCAAAAGGAGACAAGGGGUCCAGAGGAGAGCCAGGGUUCCCCUGUUAUGGCAUGAAGGGGCGAGCGGGGCCGCCCGGACCCCCGGGGCCCAUUGGCCCAAAGGGGAACAGAGGCUUUGGGCGGCCAGGUGAGGCGGGUAAACUAGGCCCUCCGGGGCAGGAUGCCUGUGACGGACCUCCAGGCGAUCCAGGACCGCCGGGACGGCCGGGAGUUCAGGGACCUGCAGGACAAGAUGGCCGCCCGGGGCCCAAAGGUCACCGUGGCGUUGAUGGGGAAGCCGGCUCCACGGGUCCGCCUGGGCCCUGUGUCCCCGGACCUCCAGGACCUCCAGGACCGCGAGGUCUGGCGGGUCCAAUUGGACCCACAGGAGCGAAGGGGCCGCCGGGUCUGAAGGGAGAUCCUGGGACCCACUGCGCCAGAGUCCCCGGGCCCAGAGGGCCCCCAGGGCCACCGGGACCUGAUGGAGGCCCAGGGCCGGCUGGGGAGGUGGGACCCAAAGGCUGGAGAGGGAAUCCGGGAGACCCUGGGGGCCCAGGGCUAAGAGGAGACAUGGGUGUCCCAGGGCCGAUGGGGCGUCCCGGAAAUGACGGACCGCCUGGGACCUGCGGGGAUCCGGGACCAAAAGGUCAGAAGGGUCAAGAUGGUUCAAGAGGUUCUGAGGGACCUCCAGGAGAGCCAGGGGACAAAGGGGAAACUGGACCAAAAGGGUUCCCAACAGUCAUUAGCACAACGGGGGAUCCCGGAGACCCUGGACUUCCAGGACCCAGAGGUCUCACUGGGGAACAAGGAGAAGGAGGCCCCCCAGGGAACCGAGGGCCAAGGGGCAUGGAUGGAAAACCUGGAGGGCCGGGGCCGCCAGGACGUCCUGGAGAUCCAGGUAGAGAUGGAGAGAGAGGUCCUUGUGGUUACACUGGACCCCCCGGGGACAAGGGACGCACUGGCAGACCAGGUGAUCCAGGUGAAAAAGGUGCAAAGGGAACCAAUGGGGUCCCUGGUUCAGAUGGAGGGCCAGGGAACCCCGGAGAUAAGGGACUUAAAGGAGAAGCAGGUUUUGGACGGGGAGGUAAAGGCUGUAAAGGAAUGAAGGGGAUUCCUGGACCUCCAGGACCUUCAGGUCCAAAAGGAGCAGGAGGACCAGCUGGAGUCCCUGGCCCUCCGGGGCCCUCCGGUCCUUGUGGACCUGUGGGACCCAAAGGGCCGCCUGGAUCCAAAGGUUCUCCUGGUAGAGCCGGGGAGAAAGGUUUGGACGGCCCUCCUGGGAACUGUGGCCCUCCAGGGCCUCCUGGAAGUCCAGGAUGCCAGGGGUCUCCUGGAGCGCCUGGUCCACCAGGACCCAAAGGAAACCAGGGCCGGGACGGGAUCCCCGGGCCUGACGGAGAGAAAGGAGAUAUGGGCUCAUGUCUACCUGGACCUAAUGGGCCGGCAGGAGAAAGAGGUCCCCCUGGAUGUGUGGGGGACAGGGGCCCGCCGGGAUGCUGUGGGCCUCCUGGACCCCCUGGGCCUGAAGGAGACCCGGGUUACAAAGGUGCUGUGGGCCCCCCAGGGCCUCCUGGUAGUGCUGGGAAGAAAGGGGGCGAGUGCAUCGAUGGGACGAAGGGAUAUAGAGGAUUUCCUGGACCUAAAGGACCGAAAGGCCCUAAGGGUCCGCCCGGUCCGCCUGGUCCGCCAGGCCCUGGUUACAAAGGCCAUAAAGGCAUUAAAGGAGAACUGGGUCCCCCAGGACCUCCGGGACCAACCGGUGACCCCGGUCCUUGUGGACCUCCUGGUCCUUGCGGGCCGCCUGGAUAUCCUGGAGAGAAAGGCUGCAGAGGACCGAUUGGACCAAAAGGUCAAAUCGGUAUGGAAGGGGAGAAAGGACCGCCAGGUAACCCCGGCCCAGAUGGACCACCAGGACGAACCGGGAACCCAGGACCAAAUGGGAAGGACUCAUAUUUUUCUGUGUGGUCGGAACCAGGAGACCCAGGUGAAGAAGGAGCUCUAAGCCAAGUGGGAGGAAUCGGAUCCCCGGGUUUCCCUGGACUGAGGGGAGCUGAUGGUUCAAAAGGCUCACUUGGAGCACCGGGUUGGACGGGAAUACCUGGGCGUGAUGGACUGAGAGGAGAGGAUGGAGAGAGAGGACGAAUCGGUCGGAAAGGUGCGAACGGAGAGCGUGGCAGACCGGGAGCCAAGGGUCCUCCAGGUGAGCCAGGUGAGCCAGGCAGCGGCUCGCCGCCCCGGAGGAACGGCUUCCUGUUCAGCAGACACAGCCAGGACAGCGCCGCCCCGGCCUGCCCGGCCCAGUCCACGCUCAUAUUCAGAGGAUACUCGCUGCUCUUCAUCAACGGCUACAGCCGCGCUCACGGACAGGACCUGGGAACGGUCGGCAGCUGCCUGCAGCGUUUCAGCACCGCUCCCUUCCUGAUCUGUGAGGUUGGAGAGGAAUGUCGAUACGCUGAGAGGAACGACUAUUCCUACUGGCUGUCCAACAUCAGGAGCCCGCCAAACCAGACCAGCCCAGAGGCGGCGCUGGAGUCCAAGAUCAGCAAGUGUUCGGUGUGUGAGUCUGAAGCCAACGUGAUCGCCAUCCACAGCCAGACCAGCGCCGUCCCGCCCUGCCCUGCGGACUGGCAGUCGCUCUGGACCGGAUUCUCCUUUGUGAUGGAGACGGGUGUAGGCGCCGAGGGCUCGGGGCAGCCUCUGGUUUCUCCCGGAUCCUGCCUGGAAAACUUCCAAGGAAUGCCGUUCAUGGAGUGCAGCGGCAGCUCAGGAACCUGCAAGUACGACAACAGCCUGUACAGCUACUGGCUGGCUGCUCUGGACCCUGACAACAUGUUCAGGAGGCCCAGCAGCUGGAUCCUUCCAGGGAACAACCCAGACAACAUCAGCCGCUGCAGAGUCUGCAUGAAGAUCAUGCAGAUGUGACCUUUGACCUCUGACCUCUGAGGGUCAGAGGACAGGUCGGUCCAACAGCACAUCUGUCCCCCAGUACUCCUGUCCUCUGAGGCAGUCAGACAUGAGCAGAACCAGAACCGGUUAUGGCGCCGCUGCGGUGACGUUUGGUUCUGAGCAGGAAGACGUCGCGUUGCCAGGUUGGUGAAGAGCCGCAGCCGGUUCACAAACUCCUCCUGUUGGGUUUGUGUCAUGUUUCUUAUCAGCAACCUAACCUGAGAAAACUUCAGGAUGAGAGUUUAGUUUAUGAAGAGGCAGCAGAGAGCGGCCUGAAGCUAACCGCAUCAGCCAAUCAGAGACCAGCCUGAAGCUAACCGCAUCAGCCAAUCAGAGGCCAGCUGGUCUCUGCUGCAGCACCAAGCUAGCCUAAAGUCACAAACUGGUUGAACAUUUUGGGACCUCCUGGUUGAUAGAAAGUCCAGGUCCAGGCCCAGAGCAUCAUACUGCCACCACCAUGUCUGGCUGUUUUCUGUGAGAUUUGCUGCUGUUUUGGUGUUUUUAUGGAACUUUUUCCAGACUAAAGCUACA